CUACGAGUGGCCCUACACUAGAAGCAAUUCGGUUCGGGGAAUGGGAAAUUGAACCGUGGUGUACGUCUUCUUAUGAAAUGGAAUAUAUCGCAAAUUCACUAGUAUAUGUUUGUGAAUUUUGUUUAAAGUACAUGAGAAGUGAGUUUAUUGCCGAUCGACACAAGAUGAAAUGUCCGGUACGUCACCCACCUGGUGAUGAAAUAUAUCGAGAUGGUCCUAUUUCGAUUUUUGAAGUUGAUGGACGAAAAAAUAAGAUAUAUUGCCAGAACCUUUGCCUUUUUGCAAAAAUGUUCAUCGCUCAUAAGACACUAUUUUUUGACGUAGAGCCUUUUCUUUUCUAUGUGAUGACAGAAGCAGACGAUACGGGAUGCCAUUUUGUUGGCUAUUUUUCUAAAGAAAAACGUUCACAAGGAAAUCAUAAUGUUUCUUGUAUUCUGAUACUUCCAAUUCAUCAAAGAAAAGGAUAUGGGAAUCUAUUAAUAGAAUUUAGCUACUUGCUCACUAAUAGAGAGAAUAAAAUAGGCUCCCCUGAGAAGCCUUUAUCCAAAUCUGGGCUACAUAGUUAUAGAUAUUACUGGAAAAAUGUGUUGUUCGAAGAGCUGAAUAAAGAUAGAAAAAGCAUAAGCAUCCAAGAAUUAAGCCGUUUGACAAGUAUGACUGUUGAUGAUGUUAUUGCCACUCUCCAAAUCAAUAAUAUGAUUGAGAAGGAUGAGAUCAAUGAUACAUACAAAAUUAUUGUGAGUAAAAAAGUUGUUGAAGAUCAUUUACGAAAAGUUGAAGCGAAAGGAUAUCCAAGAAUCAAACCCGAAAAUUUAAGAUGGACGCCUUUCAUCCUGACUAGAGCCUUGAAUUUAAAAUCAACAGAUGAUCUUACAUUUAGGAUAGCUGAUCACAUGAAAUUAAAUGACUCUUCAUGA